GCGGAUCGCAGGGAGCCGGUCCGCCGCCGGAACGCCGCCGGAACGGGAACCUGGGUGUUCGUGUGGAGCUGGGGCUCGCGGGAGACUGCCGCGAUGAACACGGCGCUGUCGCGGGCGAGCUCGCUGUUCGCCUUCUCACCGAGCGUGAUGGCGGCGCUCACCUUCGGCUGCUUCAUCACCACCGCCUUCAAAGACAGGAGCGUCCCGGUGCGGAUCAUGCUAAAAAAUGUAGAAGAUUUCACCGGACCGAGAGAAACAAGCGAUCUGGGAUUUAUCACAUUUGAUGUCACUGCUGAUCUAGAGAAUAGAUUUGAUUGGAAUGUUAAGCAGUUGUUUCUUUAUUUAUCAGCAGAAUAUUCAACAAAAAAUAAUGCUCUGAACCAAGUUGUCCUGUGGGACAAGAUUGUUUUGAGAGGUGAUAAUCCGAAGCUGCUGCUGAAAGAUAUGAAAACAAAAUAUUUUUUCUUUGACGAUGGAAAUGGUCUCAAGGGAAACAGGAAUGGCACUUUGACCCUGUCUUGGAAUGUUGUACCAAAUGCUGGCAUUCUACCUCUUGUGACAGCAUCAGGACACGUAUCUGUCCCAUUUCCAGAUACAUAUGAAAUAACGAAGAGUUAUUAAAUUAUUCUGAAUUUGA